GUGGAAGGGAGUAUCUGCAUGAGUAUACAUUUUUGGGGAAUCUGCAGAAAGUAUUUUGUAAAGAACAAUUGGAGAUUUACAAGAUGUAAAAAAAAUUGUAUGCAAUGUCGCCGUAACAAAUACUGCUAAAUGCCAGCGACAAGUACUCUUGGGACCUGUUUAUGUGCUUUGGUGUUUUUGUAAUCUCUACACAAUUGUGUGACUAUCCCUCAUUGACGUUGGAUAACAGACAAGGUUUCAUGUUGCUAGGGAAGUGAUAGGCUACAUAACAUUGUAAUAUUGUCAAUAAAUGAUAACCGUUGGGUUACUUGACUUUUUUAUUGAGGUGCAUGUAUACGUUUUGAACUAAAGUAAUACAUUUUGAUGAUAGGACAGCCAAAUGCGUUUUCUUAAUCUCACAAUCUGUCAGUGCCUGUCCCCACGUGAGUAGUUCACGGGCACACUUCAAUAGAAGUCAAUGAGAAGACAUGAAUGUCAGGACACAUCCUUAUCAUUUUGUUGUUAACAUUAAGAUGUGACUCCGAUGCACCACUGUUCCAGUGGCUGAUGAACACAGCCGCAGAUCUGAGUUAGUCAGUGGUUCCUAUUAGAACAUGUGCACCCCUAUUUCCCUAUUGAACCGAGCCAGGGACUACUUGGUGAUGUUUCGGGUGUGGGCUGUGGGCCGCUGCCUGCACCGGGGGGCCCUGCACCGGGGGGCCCUGAACCGGAGGGCCCUGCACGGGGGGGCCCAGCACGGGGGGGGCGUGAACCGGGACCUGGUGAUGGAGCAGCUCAGUGUGUGUGCUGGUGAAGACCAGCUACUGGAGGUGGUGGGGAAGAACAAGGCCAAGCUGACGGUGAACCACGUGGGCAGGGCCAUCACCAUGCUGUGGAGGUUCCAAAAGGAGAGGCCUGAGAUCCUGAGGACUGUGGAGCUCAUCAGGAGCCACCCCCAGUUCCUGAGUCUACGGGUUCUGGCUGAAAACAAAAUUGCACUCAUGGAUGAUUCUGUUUUGGUGGACAUGCUUUAUAAUGUACUGAGGCUCAAUGUGGAACAUCACGACUCUCUUGUUCAGCAGUUGGUGUCUGAGGCAUGGCUCAGACUUGACAGAUUUUCGUUGCCGUCCCUUUCCAAGUUUGCCGUUUGUCUUGGGGAUCAGCACCUGAAUCAAAGUCCUCUUAUGGGUCAGAUCACUGAAAUAGUGAGCCAGAAACUCUCCUCCAUCAACAAUUCAAGGGUCCUGAGUACUCUGAUGAUCAGCGUGUCGUCUUUGGCGUCCUCCCGUUUACGAGACGCUCUCGUCGAAAGAGCCGACCUCCUCCUGGACGACGUGAACCCAGCCCGCUACAACUGCCCCAGACGGGUGGUGCAGUUCCUGAGGAACAGCAGGCACGCCCACCGGCCGCUGUUGGAGAAGUGCAACCGGAUCUUCCUGAACAACAUCCACCACAUGGAUGCAGAGAACAUCGGCAUCAUCAUGGGCCUGUACCAGGGCCUGCAGUUCCAGAACUGUGACUUCCGCCUGGCAGCCAAACAGAGGCUGCAGGAGCUGGUGGACUCCAGUACAGAUCCAGUCUCCUUCACCAAGCUGUUUGUUGCUCUGGGGCCCAUGGCUGGGGAGGACACUAGAGAGAGGUUGGAGAGUACAGCGCUCCUAUUGGCUGAGGAGUUCAACGCCCAGCAGGCAUUGGCUAUAAUAGACACCCUGGAAGAGAUUCAGUGUCGGAAUCUUAGUUUGAUCCACAAGAUUGCGUCCAUACUUAACAAGAACCUGCAUGUCUACAAGACAGUGGAGGUGGCCAGGGUCACCCAGUCCCUCAUCUUUCUGCACUACCAGAGUCCUGACCUUUUCACUAAGCUACGCAACAUUGUGGUUAAGUUUCUUCAGGACACCGUGUUCCCAUACGAGGUGACCAUGCUGAGCCGGGUGCUGUCCAUGCUGCCUCACCCUCGACCCGAUGACGUCGUGAUGUCCAAGGUGGACGCGGUUCUCCCUCAGUGUAACCUUAACGACCUGAACACCAUUGCCAUGUCCAUCGCUAAGUGGGUGCAAAUUGACCCUUCCUACAGACACAGCACGCCCAGCAAGUACGUACGUCAGCUGCAGACCCUGAACCGCUGCGGUCACAGCCGCCUCCAGACCGCCAAGCGCCUGGACCUGCUCCUGGAGGAGCUCCGGUACAUCACCGGAGAGUGGUUCGAUGAGAUGCUGUUGGAGGAAACCAUGGUGACGCUUCGGAGGAUGGAGGACCAGAUCUCCUGGAGCAACGUCCCCGAGUUGGCCAUUUUCCUGACCAAGACAGGCCACCUGUGCCCUCCUCUGCUGGACCGCAUCGCUGAUGUGAUCAUCAAAGAUAUCAGCAAGAUUCACUACUCUGCAACGUAUGCCACCUUGUUACCCUUCGCUGUACUCAACUACGACCCCCCCGGGGUGGACGAGAUGUUUGAAGUAUCCAUUGAACAUAUCAAACCACAUAUCAGCUCGUUCGACCCUCAUCUGCUCGUUCUCCUCGCCUAUGCCCUGGCUGUGGCAGACUGCUUUCCUGAGGAGCUGGUCAGAGAAAUCUUCAGCGUGGAUUUCCUUUCCAAGCUGGAUGCUCAGUUAGAAAUCCUGCCGGAUGCCCUGAACAUGCGGAUCCGCCUGCGUCUCAUGGAGCUGAACAGGGCCGUGUGCCUAGAGUGCCCCGAGGUCCAGGUGCCCUGGUUCCACGAGCGCUACUGCCAGCAGCUGCAGAAGAGAGGCUCCACCAGCCCAGUCCAGCAGCAGGUCCACAGGAUGCUGGGAGAGGUCCUUGGUGGUAUCAACUGUGCUAAAGUAGCAGUGGUGGCCCCAUACUUCUAUACAGUCGGCUUUGAGUGUAUCCUGGACAGACACCACAAGCCGAUACCCUACUGUGAUUCGAGCCAGCUGCAGAUCUCUGAUUUUGGAAAAGUCCGCUGGGAAUCCAACUCACCAGGGCAAGACACGAUGGAACUGCCCCCUGGGCAGGACAGGAAGGAACUGCCCCCUGGAGCUCAACGCGUUGCCGUGGACUUCCUGGAUUCUAAAUCCUUUUGCAAAAACUCCCGUCAUAUGAAAGGGGAAGCUGUGAUGAGAAAACGACAUCUUGAAAUACUGGGAUAUCAUGUUGUACAGAUCCCUCAUUUUGAAUGGAAUUCUAUGGAGCUGUCCACACAGGAUGCUUGGAAGGAAUAUUUAAAAAAGAAGAUAUUUACGGAUUUGCCUUGAGACAAUAGUUGC